AUGGUUAUUCAUCCAUACUUUAAAUCUCCAAAUAAUAAACCUCCUUUUGGACAAGUCUCUUUAUUUAAUGGAUUUUUAAAUGAUUUAAAUACAUUAAAUACUUUACAGCAACAACAAUUUCCAAACAUUCCUCAUUUCCAACAACAAUUACCACAAACAUCAUCAACAACAACACAUUCACCACAACCAAUUGUUGUUUCUUUAUCAUCUUUGCAUCACUUUCCUUCUUCAUCCCCCUCAUCUUCCUCUUCAAUUUCGUCUCCCCAAAAUGUUAUUCUUCCCCCUCAGACAUUUGAUUGGCUUCAAUUAUUGGAAACAGCAAAGAGGUCCUCAACACCCUCAACACAACAACACCUCCAACAACAACAACAACAAAAUGAACACCAAUUACAAUAUUUUCAGAACAAUCCUCUUUUGCUUGCAGCUUUAGCACAAGCUCAGCAGCAACAACAACAACAAAUGGCCGUCCAACAAUUGGCUAUUAUGGAAACUGCGAUAAAAAAAGAAAUUUUUGAGCUUCUCAGUGCUUCCCAAAGUCAACAGAAUUUGGCACUUUUGGCCCAACGUAGUCAAUUAUUGACACAUUUGGGUAAUUUACAACGUGAACAACAACAUCAAAACAAUCAUUAUAUUCAGGGAACUACAAACAAUUUAUUGCAUCAACACACAGUUAACAACAAUCUUUAUUGCCCUCCUCCCCCUACUCCUUCUGUCAAUUCUGUAACAGGCUCUAUUAACGGGUGUUCUUCCUCUUCCUCGUGUAAUUCCCCGUCUUCCAAUGCUUGUUUCUCUUCAAUUUCUCUUCAAGACCCCCCACUUCCCCCACCUCCCCCUCCUUUCAACUACCAAAUAUCUUCAUCACAAAUUGAAGGAGAGGAGGAGGGAAUUAAUUUUGUGGAUUUUGAGUUUAUUGAAAAACAAAUUGCUGCACAAAACAAUCGACUUAGCGCUGCUGAGGCAGAAGCUGUUGCUGUACUGGCUGGAUUAGCUAGUUUUGGAAAUUAUCAAAAUAAAUAA